AUGAGCGAGGAAAAUAGGACGCCACCCGGUUUUGCUGGAGAAAGUAUAGAUCUGAACCGAAAUCAAGGCGGCACGCCAAUAACACCUUCAUCAGUAGGGGCUACCCACGCCUCUACAUCAGCUCAGCCCCAGAUCGAUGAUGCAUACGUACGACAAAACUAUGCCAGUAUCCUGAGCACUCUAAGACGUCUCCAAGACGUAGGAGAAUUGGCAGGUAGGGCAAUCAAUUUCUAUGAAGAAUAUGACGAGUAUGAUGGUGAUACACCGCUAAGUGGAAGGCGUAGGCAACCAAAUGAUCCGCGAUCAAGAGUGCAAAGGACCAACAAUCAGCCAAAUAAUGCAGCGGGAUCACAAGAUAAUACUCAGAACCCAAAUAACCUGGGGUCAAACAUCCAGGGACAAAGCAACCUGGGGUCAAACACCCAGGGACAAGUCAACCUCGGGUCCAACACCCAGGGACAAACCAACCUAGGCUCAAACAACCAAGGUGGCCAAAACAUCCCACAAGGAAUACUAAAUCUAGGACAGCAAUAUAAUGCGCCAGGAUAUGUACAUUAUACGCAGCACACCAACUUCCCUCAGUACUCGACAAAUUCACUCCCGCAGUACCAGGUACAAGGAGCAGGUAACCUAGGUUACUAUAAUCAGGGGGCAUUCACUCAAAACCCCCCGAAUGAAGGCCAGGGGAUGAACAUGUCGGGAUACCAACAGAAUUCCCAAAACCAAUUUAACCAAGGUUUCUCAACCAACACACAAGCACUUAAUAUGCUAGGACCACAAAAUUUCAAUCAGGGUCCACCAACGCAGGGUUAUGGUCAAGCCUACGGGCCCCAAACAAACCAAACCACACCACAGGUGCAAGCAGGGCCUCCUCCAAACCAACCCCAGCAAGGAUUCCAGAUGCCAGGCCAAGUCCCAAGAGCACAUUAUCAGAUACAGGACCUCAACCAGGUCAGGAUUACAACCAUCACUACCUAA